CCGCGCUCACUCCCGGAAGCUUGGCUGGUUUUUUGUGUACACUGGCGCGGUGUGAAUCCGGGUCUGGAGGAAGAUAACGGGUCUGUUUAGCCCCGAAUCGACGGUUCGGUGUCGGUCGUGUUCGCUGUGGUUCUGUCGUUUUUAACGAACUGUGACGUUUAUCGAACAUUGAGCGGCGGGAAUCGUCGGCCGGCACGCGCCGCCCCGCGCCUUUCCGCGCUAACGGAGCAGCUAGCUAAGUUGACGAAGAUGAUGAAGAUGAAGAUGAUGAAGGUGUUUCCGUGGAUUUAUCCCCGCGGUUCGGACUGAGAUGGACCCAUCCACGCUCAGCUCUUUGCUAGUUAGCUAGCGGGCUAACAGCAGCGGUACCGGGAUUCGGUGAUCCGGAUCCGAGCCGGAUCCCGUUAGCUGGAUGGGCUCCCUCCCUCCCUUUAAAGCUCUUCUCCUUUUUCCUCCUCCGAUUAAAAACAAACAUGUCGGCUCGAACAUGCUCACCUGAGCGGCCCUAACCUGCGGCACGUGACCCCGUUUUUUUACCUGAGAUCAAAGGAGCCGACCUUCAAAACCAGGUGAGUCAGACUUCAGGGUCCAGGUCCACAUCCGGGACUACUGACUGCCCUUUAGAUCUGUCCUCAGAGAUCCGGAUCAGACUGGUUCACGGUUCGGGGUUACAGUCCUGGACCGGGUUUUUAGAGUCCACCUGUUUCCAUCCGGACACAUUUACAGGGAACCCCGAGGAGCUAACGGAACCUUCUGUUAGCAAGCAGGUCUGUGGGGGGUCUGUAAGGGACCCGGUCCUUUUAUGGUCCGGACUCUGGACUCUCUCUGUGAUUCUGUAAGGAGGAGAACCGGUACAGAACCGGAUCCUUCAGAGUCUGGAGAGAGAGGACUGUGAGGGGGGGCAUUAGAGGAACCAGAGACCCGGUCCGGGGGGGGGGGGACUGGUUUAUAAUGUGGAUCUGAGUCCUGAUGUAGGGCUGGACGAUACGGUAAAAUCACGAUUAAUCGCGUUUAUCCCGAUAUUUUCAUACCAGGAUAUAAAACUGUAACAGUGUUUCUUGGUCUCAUGUCUUUUCCAAUAAUCUCCUGCAUCUGUGAGGUCUUUGUGUCUCUUUGGCGUUUUGUCGUAAGGCGUCGCUCUAGAGAAAGCCGACUGAAUGGUCGUCUGUUUCAGGCGCCACGGGCUCCUCGCUCCUCUCGGGGUUCGUGACCUUUGGCGUUGCGCGUGCUCUGCGGCGUGGCGCCGCUUCAGGUGGUGAAAAAGAUUUGAGGUAUUCCCCGACUUUGUGAGAACAUGUACUCGACAUAAUUUACAGUCCACAUUACUCUGCUUCAUGUCCGACCUCCAAAAACCAAAAUACCUCCACACCACCGACGUUUUCCUAACGCCAGUGUUGUGGUUGACAUUGAUGUGGUCAUCUGUUGAGCCUUCAUGGUCAUUUCUGUCGGGGGUAGCACUCAUUUUCUUUUGUUUCUCACCAACAGUGCUGUCGGCUUCACCUGUUAAAGUGCUAUGGUUGGGUGGAGCUGCUGUCUGCUACGACGCUGCAGUUGGUUGAUACUUGGUUCUAAUUCAGAACAUGAUUGGUUCAGACCCGGAGAAACUCCCCUUUUCAUUGGCUGUUCGUAUAGUCGACCAAAACAUGUCAGAAUGACGACUAUUGAUAUUGACUAUUAUAUUGAUAUUGAGGGAAAUUAAUUUCUGAUAUCGUUAUUGUUUUAUCGCCCAGUCCUACCUGCUCCUGUUUGGGACACGGUUCUGUGACCCUCUUUGCCCUCACCUGUCCUCCUGUGUGUUUUCUAUCUUAGAUUCUAACUCUGUGUUUUCUAUCUUAGAUUCUAACUCUGUGUUUUCUAUCUUAGAUUCUAACUCUGUGUUUUCUAUCUUAGAUUCUAACCCCGCCUUCCUCUCUGUGGUUUCAGACGGUCUGUAUCAGGAUGGCAGAACUCUUGGACGGAGCCGGUAAACUGGGCUGGGUUCUGGUCCGGUCUGUUCUGCGCUUCGUGUUCAUGUUCUUCAACAACUGUGUGGCCAUCCCCUCCUACUGCUUCUACCUGCUGCUGCUGCAGCCGCUCAGAAUAUGGGACAGCGCCACCUUCUGGCACAUCGAGGGGAUCAUGUUCAAGUGGUUGUUGGCCAUGGUGUCCUCCUGGGGCUGGAUCGCAGGUUACACAGGUAAACCACACACACACACACACACACACACAGACACACACAGACACACACAGUGACAAACACAUGAUGGACAAAGUUUCGAUCUAUUUAAAAAUAUCAGGUAUUGAUUAUCUGAGCUGAUCGGUUUGAUGCUGCGUCUGUUUUCACCUUUGACUCUCUGAGAUUAAAACAUAAAAACACGGGUAAAUGUUUUAGAGAGCGGCGUUUAUGACGGACGCUCUGACGCUCUUUUAACCCUCUGGAUGAAGUAAAGGUCUGUCUGUGUUUCCUGAUCCUGAAGAAGGUGAAGUCUGUAAAAAGACGAGUGUCUCUGAUAAAUAUCCUGAAUGAAAAUGUGAACAUCAGGUUCCCUCUGUAAGUGGACGCUGUCUUCAGGUUCCUUCAGCUCCUGUUCUCCUGGAUUUCAAACGUGUUUCGGACAGUGAUCAGGAGUGUGUAUGACGGUGUUUGAGCCGCGUUUCAGACGUGUUCGGUUACACAGGCCUGAGAGCAAAUUGCUUACAAACUGUUAAGUGGCGACAUGGGGACCAACACGGUGUAGAGAUUAAUAAUGCAGAGCCUUCUGCCUAUAGAACACCUGUGCUUUAGUGAAUCUGUUUCACACCUGACACCUGCCUCUGUGAUUGGCUGUGGUUUGAAGCGUCUGUAUCGUGUGAGCGCUGACUGAACGUUGACCUGCAGUCAUCGUUCUCUGUCUCCUUUAGAUUAUUUAGGUUUUUAUUGAGGGUUUGGAGGCUGAGAUUCGUGCUCCUCUGUCAAACAGUCAAACAGGUAAAGAAGGGAGUGCAGGUGGAAGGACAGGUCCUUUAGAAAACGUCCCUCAGAGGAGAAGGUUGAGGACGGAGGAAAGAGUCUUUGAUAAACUCAAAGUUUUCCAGGACCUCCGAGAAGAUAAACACGUCUGUUCGGGUUUUCCCGAUAUAACUUUUAUACUUCUGAUACGACAUCGAUAUUGUCGCCUUCAGUAUCGGCCAAUACCGACAUUGAUCUGAUAUUGGCGCAAACUUGUUCAUGCACUCAGCAGCAGUGUCUUUUUCGGAUUUUGACGAAAAAUACUGCCACAUGGCCGACAUCACUCCUGCUCCUUCGUACACGCUGUUGUUGUGAUCACGUGAUCCGAGCGCUGCUAAUCCGAGGUGCCGGAGCGGAGUCUGGAACGGACUGCUUUUAUCGGAGCGCUGAUAUCGGAGAUUUUAGAUGCAGGCUGUUAUAAUCCGAUAUUUGUUUUUUCGGCUGAUAUCGAACCGAUAUCCGAUAUCAAUAUCGUAUCGGGACAGCCCAACUGUCUAUGACUGAGGACUCUCUCAUUUUACUGCUCAGGGUUAGUUUGUUUUUUACCAACAUUCAGAGUCAAGAUGGACGGAGAUUCUGACCUACAGGAUAUCAAAUCAUAUAUGUAUACAUAUAUACACAUAUACAUAUACAUACAUAAACAUAUAUAUACAUAUAUGUAAUACGGUGUAGUCGGACUGUAAAGUUGGUGCGGAGUGUUGUCCUCCCCUCCCUGGAUGGUGUUGUCUGUCCUCUGUUCCUCUGUUCCCUGCAGAGAAGGUGGUGAGACACUUCCUCUAUAGAGAGAGAGAGAGAGAGAGGGAGAGAGAGAGAGAGAGAGGGAGAGGGAGAGAGAGAGGGAGAGGGGGAGAGAGGGAGAGAGAGAGGGAGAGAGAGAGAGAGAGAGAGAGAGAGAGAGAGAGAGAGAGAGAGAGAGAGAGAGAGAGAGAGAGAGAGAGAGAGAGAGAGAGAGAGAGAGAGAGAGAGGGGGAGAGAGGGAGAGAGAGAGAGAGAGAGAGAGAGAGAGAGAGAGAGAGAGAGAGAGGUCGUGCGUCAGUCAGUCGAAGUCAAAAUAAUAAUCACGUUGUUGAUAUUAAAGAGGAAAUGCUCUGUGAGAUCAGUCUGUUUAUGUGGAGGGGGUCAGCAUCAGGACACAGACCCCGUUUGACCGCCAACAUGGUGACCCCAGACUCAAGGACAGGUUGACAGUGAUGGGUCGAUGGACUCUGUUAAAACCGGAUCUCAGAGUCUGAGUCCACACAGCUGAGAUAACCCAGGUUCAGUCCAAGGACACAGUCUUUACAGUCACGCUCAAAGGGAUCAUUUCCUGCAUCUUUUCAAAAUAAAAGCCUCAGUUCAGUAUUUAUCUGUACUCUAGGUUCUGAAGUUUUCCUGGAGAUGAAUCUUGAAAAGGUGUCGGUCUGCUUCAGAGUCAUGGAGCUUUAAAAAGACUCCUGAUGCUCCUUCAGGUCCGAGUCCGCUCAGGUGGGUUUCCUGGAUCUGUUCUCGUGGCUCCUCCCCUCAGCACAGACCCUCUUUGUUCAUCAGGAGCUCUGGUGAACCGUCAGCUCCUCAGAGGAGCUCUGAUGGUGAUGAUGGUGACGAUGAUGUUUGAUGGUGUUAUCAGAACAGAAGAGUCCAGUCUGCUGUGGACCCGUGCUGAAGGUCACCCUCAGGCUCAGUCUGGAUGAUCUUAUCGGUGCUUUGGAGACGGUCCCUCCCUCUCUUGUUCUCCAUGUCUGCAGGAGGACUGAUGGAGGACUGAUGGAGGACUGAUGGAGGUUCUAGUCAAACAUGGGUGUGUUCAGGACUCUCUCUGGGUCAGUCUGUAAAGGUUCAGGUGUGAGUUUAGGAUCACUGACAGAGGGAACUGGUUCUGGCUGCUAACAGGUCAGGGGUGAGACCACCAUGAACAUGAGGAGGUCUUCAGGACUCUGAAAUCCUCCUCUUUGGUCUGGUAGAAGACAAAACCUGGAUCUGCUGGUCCCAAACAUGCUGGAGCGUCUCUCUGAGUGAGUCAGUCUCUUUCUGGGGACACCGAAGUCCGUUUUAGUCCUUCUUACAGGUCAAAGCUGGACUUGUCUGCCCUCAGCUUCAGUGGUAGUGGUUCUGGUGGUACCAGAGGAGAGUCUGAGUCUUUGGUCAUUGGAGGAUCCGGGUCCAAGUCCAAAGCUGGAGGGACUGGAUCUUCACUGAGCCGUGGCAGACUCCCCAUGGUUCAGGAUCUGGACUUUAGUCUUUAGGAGCAGAGACGGUUUCCCGGUCAGUGGGUCCGGUCUAGAAAAGACCUGAAGGAGGUUCUGUAACCUCAGAAUAGAAUCGUCCUGUAUCGUCAUGGUAACAAGGACAAUGACAUGUAAAAGUUUAGGUUCAGAUCUGCUCUAAACCAAAGUCCACACAGAAACGACCUCUGACCCCUGUAAAAUCACCUCUUCAUGACAUCGCUGUCAUGGAGUCAGCCGCGUUGUCAUGUGACCCCACCCCCUUUUUUUCUGUGUUGUUGUCCAAAACAGUACGAGUGUAUUAGCCGCACACACACACACACACACACACACACAGACAGGGGAAACUCUUGUCUCGGACACGUUUGUGUCUUUGUCUCUCCGGUUCCUCUCCUCCUCGUUCUCAGAGUCGGUCUGGUGUGAAAAGUUGAAGCAUCGAUCAUUUUUACUCUGAUCAAAGAUUUAAAAAGUCUUAUUUGAUGUUAAUAAACCAACUUUCUAACGUUUUCGACUGACGGUGUUUAAAAACUGAGAGGUUCGAUCUCUGAGUUUUUCUUCAUGUUUAACUGGUUCGAUCCGUUCGAUGGUUUACAGUCGUUAUUGUAAAAGUUCACGUGCACUCAGAGUCCAUCUGACUUUACAGCUUUAACAGAAAGUGCCUCUGUACCGCCGCGCUGCUCCCACUCAAGUCUUCUUCUCCUCAGUCAGUGGGCUGAUUGGCUGCUUUCUCUGACUGUGUGGGCGUGUUCAGAUCAAACUUGAUUGGCGUCUCCUUACGGCCCUGAAUUCUCUUCGCUGCACCUGUAAGACUGUUUACAGCUUCAUGAGUCUUUCAUUAGGGUCUCCUUCAGAAACCUGUCCGUCAGUUUGAAGUGAACAGUGAAUUCAUGGUCUGUAAGAUCCCAGACUAGUCCAGUCAGAAGAUUCAAACCCGGGUCUUUAGAGGACAGAGCAGAUCUCAGAUCCUUUAUUUCCAGGAGAGAUGCCGUGGUGUCUCCUCGUCUCCUCUUUAAACAUGUCGGCCGCCCUGGAGCAAGAGAUCAGGAGAUGGUCUGGACCAGCCCAGAAUAAUGACCCUGCAGCUCAGGGUCAGUCAUGAGGACAGGAGUUUUAUUUUGAAGGCCUGAAACAUGUUAGCAGGAGUUUUAUUUUGAAGGCCUGAAACAUGUUAGCAGGAGUUUUAUUUUGAAGGCCUGAAACAUGUUAGCAGGAGUUUUAUUUUGAAGGCCUGAAACAUGUUAUCAGGAGUGGAGCCUGAUGUUUCUGUGUUUUCAGGGUUUGACUCUAACUUUGUUCAUGUUCUCCUGAGUUGACAUGACAGUGAAGCUAUUGAAGGAAAACAGCCUUUUCUGAGAACAUCAACCGGUAAUUUAUUGACGGUCCCUUAUUCAACACCGACGUUGACAGUGAGGGUGUCGAGUAGAUUUAACCGCGCUGCUGUUGUUAUUCCCGGUUAUGGAGAGUGAGAAGACACCGGUAGAUCCUCAGAGAAUGUCCGUCAGAUAUCCAACCUGAAACUAACUUCACCGCCGUAUUUACAGGAAAAUAUAUCCAACCUGAAACUAACUUCACCGCUGUAUUUACAGGAGAAUAUAUCCAACCUGAAACUAACUUCACCGCCGUAUUUACAGGAAAAUAUAUCCAACCUAAAACUAACUUCACCGCCGUAUUUACAGGAAAAUAUAUCCAACCUGAAACUAACUUCACCGCCGUAUUUACAGGAAAAUAUAUCCAACCUGAAACUAACUUCACCGCCAUAUUUACAGGAGAAUAUAUCCAACCUAAAACUAACUUCACCGCCGUAUUUACAGGAAAAUAUAUCCAACCUGAAACUAACUUCACCGCCGUAUUUACAGGAAAAUAUAUCCAACCUGAAACUAACUUCACCGCUGUAUUUACAGGAGAAUAUAUCCAACCUGAAACUAACUUCACCGCCGUAUUUACAGGAAAAUAUAUCCAACCUGAAACUAACUUCACCGCCGUAUUUACAGGAAAAUAUAUCCAACCUGAAACUAACUUCACCGCCGUAUUUACAGGAGAAUAUAUCCAACCUGAAACUAACUUCACCGCCGUAUUUACAGGAAAAUAUAUCCAACCUGAAACUAACUUCACCGCCAUAUUUACAGGAGAAUAUAUCCAACCUAAAACUAACUUCACCGCCGUAUUUACAGGAAAAUAUAUCCAACCUGAAACUAACUUCACCGCCGUAUUUACAGGAAAAUAUAUCCAACCUGAAACUAACUUCACCGCCGUAUUUACAGGAAAAAAAAACAUUUGUUGAUCAUGUGACCCUAAAUAUUCACCCACAUCUAUUUUCAUAUGUGCGAGUGAAACGGUCGCUCUGUGGAGUCCUGCAGGGACACUGAGGGGGGGUUGUGCCCUGAUAUUAACGAGGUUUCGAUUGAUCUCAAACUGAGACGUUAGUCCCUUUAGGAGAAUCAUGGAGUCCACCAAACUGACCUGCUGGAUUUGUCCCCUGAACUCUGAGGUGCUGAGAUGUUCCAGGAUGUCAGCAUGGACUCACUUCAUGAUACAAUGAUGCAAAAAUUCAGAGAUCCUGGAUGAACCGCAGAGAUGGAGGUAAAACACGGAGAACCGGAAUAUUCCAGAGUCAGCAGGAGGAGCACAGAGUCCAGGACCUCGGGCCUCUUGGAGCCGUCUUCCUCAGGUUCCACUUUGAAUGAAGUUUUCCUGCUGACACGGAUUUAAAGAUUGACUCAGAUGAUGAAAAGAUUGACGACCUCCUCGCUGAUCAAUCUUCAGAUCCACGUCUCAGAAUUCGACCAAAGAGCAGGUCUUCUGGUCCUGAUGGUCCAGAUGAGUCUGAUUUCAUGAAGAUGUGGACCUGACAUGUCAGAGCUGGUCUCUCUGAUCCUCGUUUUUAGACCCCAGACCGUCUUUAUGGUUUUCUCCCCCAGACAGGAAGUUGUGAUGACGCCCGUCUCUGUGACGGCGGACAUGUGCGGACGUGUUUCAACAGUUUUUAGUUUGAGUCGUUGGCUGUGGUUCUCCUGGAGUCUGUGAAGACGUGUUUCUCUGCUCUCAGGUAAGUGUCCUCCUCCUCCUCCAGAGAGGAAGAACAAAGAGCAGCGCUGAGCGGCGAGGUCAGCGUUUAGCUGACCACCGAUCCCGGAUUAGACAGUGAGCUCGCGGCGUGUCUGUCAUCCUGCAGCGCUAACUGUGUCAUCAUCUCUCAAAGACAAUUUCCCUAAUGGAUCCUCUCUGACAGACGACCCGUCAUCUCACUCCUGCAACAACCGGGAUUUGAGCCGGCGCCACGGCGUGCUCCUCUGAAAUGACAUCAUCGCCCUCAGGGUUCGAACACCCGGGCAGACCUGUCAGGUGUCACAGAUGUGUCAUUCUCCCUGAGAAAUGCCCUCGAUUCGGGGUCUCCUGGGGGGGACAAAGACCCAGAUUGACCAUCUCUGGUCUGCUUCUCUGAGGGGGGGGGGGUUCUGAUCCAAAACAGCUGAUGAAGCUCAAACUACCUGACAGAACCUCUGGUUCAGCUCAGACCCCCCCACAUUAAAUCCUCCAGACGGUCUCAUGUCUCUGGACUCUGCCCCCCCCUCAGUUUAAGGACCUGUGAUUCUGGUCUUUGUAUGGACCUGCUGAGACCCCACAGAUCCAGCAGAACCUUCCAGAAGAUGAUAGACUGUUUUCAAAAACUGAUACAGAAACUAGAACAGAAUAAUUCUCUUUAGGAAAUAAACCAGUUUGUGAAAAACACAAUAAGUCAACAAGUUUCAGUUCAGCCCACUUCACCAUGUUCCCGCUGUGCUGGUCUCGGUCACGCCCACUUAACGCUGAAGCACCAUGGGAUAUGAAGCUAACGUUAGAGUUAGCCACCUGCUGUUAGCCUGUUAGCUACACUGUUAGCCGUGUCAGUAACGGUAGAAUAAACAACAGAACACAUUAGUGAUCGAUCGGGUUGAAAACGCUUUUCUGGUCCGAGUUUGAUUCAUGAUAAAUAUGUGGAAUAUUACUGAGACGGUCAGUCGGUCUUCCUGUCGGUGUGAAGAGCCGUAACCUACAGAAUAUCUACAGUAGAUAAAUAUUUUUUACAACUUAAUAAAAAUUUUAAAAAAUCGUCCGAUUAAUCGGUUAUCAGAUUUUUCCCCCCUAAUAAUCGGCAUCGGCCCCAAAAAAUCCAUAUGGGUCGGGCCCUAAUUAUUAUUAUUAUUAUUAUUAUUAUUAUUAUUAUUAUUAUUAUAAUCAUUAUUAUAAUUAUAAUUAUUAUAAUUAUUAUUAUUAUUAUUAUUAUUAUUAUUAUUAUUAUUAUUAUUAUUAUAAUCAUUAUUAUAAUAAUAAUUAUUAUUAUAACAAUAAUAAUAAUAAUAAUAAUAAUAAUAAUUAUUAUUAUUAUUAUUAUUAUUAUUAUUAUUAUUAUAAUUAUUAUUAUUAUUGCCAUAGCUAUCAUAGUUGUUGUUAUAGUAAUAGUUGUUCUAAUCACUGUUCCUCAUGAUCUGCAGAUGUUUCUGAACCUUCAUAUCAGCAGAAAGAAGAACCUCGGGUUUGUCUUCUUGACUCAGUCUGGAGUUGAACACGGUUCGUUCUGAGUUCUGAGUUCUGAGUUCUGAGUUGUGAGCAGUAAGUGGGCUGCAGCUGAACCCUUUGUCCUCCUCGAGUCUCCUGUUGUGGAGAUGAAUAACUUUAUUCUUUAUUGUCUGAGUCAGGCGCUAAUGUUUCAUCUGACAGGUGAGAUCAGGUCUCACCACUUUAUUCAGAGACUAAAAAACACUUUUUACAGUUUCUACUUCUUCUGGUGAUUUAAGGUGGUCUGUUGGUAUUUAAGGUGGUCUCAGACUGAUGUGCUGAUGAGACCUGAUGAGGGUUUUUAUUCUCACGGUUCCUCCAAAUGUAAAAGCAGAUCUGAAAUCAGAAAAUCGGCGAGUUUUGGCCGAUAAACAAUCGAUCGGGCUCUAAUAGAUACACAUCAAAUAUGUCGUCCUCCCAACCCCAACCCCCCGGGUCUGACUGAACCGGACCGGACCAGAACCCCUGAAGGGUUUCCACACCAAUCGCAGCGCCUGAACAACGCUCAGAGCCGUUCACGUGCAUUAACAUGACAACAGCAGCCUGUGUGUGUGUGUGUGUGUGUGUGUGUGUGUGUCUGUGAUGUGUGUGUGUGUGUGUCUGUGUGUGUGUGUGUGUGUGUGUGUGUGUGUGUGUGUGUGUGUGUGUGUGUGUGUGUGUGUGUGUGUCUGUGUGUCUGUGAUGUGUGUGUUCUUUGUUUCCAGCCCUCAUCUCCUCUGUUGUUGCCUCUCUGCUCUUUGUUGCAGCUUCUAUGUUUACUUCAUCAACAGUCAGAUUCAGGCGGGGGGGGGGGGGGGGGGGUCUGUUUGCUCUGUGACAUCAUCAUUGAGGGACUAAAGUGGUCCACUGCUGCAGGUCCUGAUAUAGAUGUGUGCCGUGUAGAAUCAGCAUAUCUGUUCAGAUUAUAAUCAGUUCAGUCUAUCACAUUUACAUCUAUGUUAUGAUGAUCUCUGUGUGUGUGUGUGUGUGUGUGUGUGUGUGUGUGUGUGUGUGUGUGUGGUCCCUCUGAAGAUUGAAGGUGUUUCUCCUCAAACAUGUUGAACUCCAGAAGUGAGCAGAGACUCCGUCUCGUUCAGACGCUUUCACACGUGCGCUCCCAAAAACUGUCAGGAGAUCUGCCCCCAAAGUUUGGCAGCAUGUUCACACACGCCCCUCACAGUCUCCCUGUCAGACGGGGGCGGGGUCUUAACUGUUGUGGUAUGUGUGAAGGGACUCCUGUCCAAUGGUUGUGUUCCACCUCAGCGCUCCAUGACUCUGUCCUCCUCUCAGCUGCGGUGAGUUUUAGAGAUGAUGACCACGAGGCCUCGACGGAGCGACCGUUUCACUGCGACUGAAAAAUAGAUGUGUGUGAAUAAUAAAAUGUGUUUAGGGUCACAUGUGCUCGUAAAAAAAAUAAAUCUGUCUAUAUGUCAGCCGUCCAAACAGAAGUGUCUUUUGGUCUUUGCUGCAGGGAAACUGUUUUGCCUUUCACAAACUUUCCAGACCUGGAAAGGAAGUGUUUUCCAGGUCUGGAGCUUCGUUUCCGAGUCCUGUGAAAGAGAGUUUUUAGGGAGGAGCAGAUUCAGAGUUCUGAGAGACGGAGCUGAAAGAUCCUGAUCAGGUUUCAGGGAGUGUGUUUGGACUUUGAGGCCGAGCUGCUGCUGCUCCUGAUAAUGACGACGGUGAUGAUAGUGGAGAAGAUAUCAGGAGACUAUUGAUUAUUGAUUAUAUCAGGAGACUUUGACACGUCAUUGUUAGUGCAUUGAUUAUAUAACCCUGUAUUAUAAACCCCAGGGUUAAAAGACUCGGACCUGAAGCCGGGUUUGGAGCUGCAUCACCAGUUCCAGUGAAAUCAAUAAGAGCCCACGCUCCUCUGUGCUGAGGACACAAGACUCCUGCCUCGAUUGACGACUGACUGGUUAUUGAUUUGGUGUCUGCAGCCUAAUUUUCUUCAGUGACAUUUCAGUGAAGCUGCUGCCAAGUCCUAAAAAUGACUCACCAUCAUCAUCAUCAUCAUCAUCAUCAUCUCCUCAACAUGGAGUCAGGUGGAGAUCGUUCAAUGAGACCUCCAUGGACCUGUUCAACAGCAGAUCCCUGGUUCUGGUCUCAGAGGAUGAUCUCCUGUUGAACAGGAUCAUUAAUAACAUGAUGUUUCUGUGGGGUCAGUGUGUGUCUGUUUGAAGGCGUCCUCGACCCCGUGUCUGUCCUCCGUCUGAUCAGACCUGAAGGUUCACAGAGAUGAACUUCUCUAAACUCACUUCCUCUUUGCUAAUAUUUCACCAUCCUCUCGUAACAUGGAUGAAAUCACAGGAUGACUAAUCUGUUAACAGAGAAAAACCAGGAGCUCUGGCGGUAAACGUCCCUCUAAAAUGAUGUCAUCGACUCGCUCUGUGAGCACGCUCAGACCCACUUUGACAGCGUGGCGUCCAUAUUUGUCUGAGCGAGAUUUUUUUUUAAGCAUCUGAAGUAAAAACAAAAAAAAGCAGAGAUGAGUUCAACGUUUUAUUAACAUACAAAGUCAAUAAAGUAAAUAAGACAAACGCGUCACAGCAGAACAACAAACGUAGAUAAAACCGUGAACAGGUUUACAGGCUUCAGUGUUUCUGCAGGAAUGAUUGACACCCCCCCCCCCCUUAAAAUGUAAACAUUAGCUGAUGUAAACGAAGAUGAUACGAUUGAUUGCUUUGGUCUGGUGGCUGCUCCGCUAGCUGUAGCUGGACGUUAGACAAUAACUGUGUGUUGAGAGAUGGUGAGUCUGCUCUGUUCGUCACACUGCGUCUCUUUGUGUUUACCUCACAGUGACAGAGUGGGGCGAU